UGCUAGCUUCCUGGCACUUUUGUUAUUACACAGGUACGCUAAACAGGUCGACGCAAACUUCGAUCAAUUUCCUGCCCUACGAUAAAGCGUUUCUCGCAGCGGAUAAAGCUUGAGCUACUUCGGACUAAUCGGAUGAGGCUGCUCCUCUUAACAGUAUUUUAUGAAGCCCACCCCCCACAAUGGGAGCCAUGCUUUAUACUUUCCCAAUAAAUUAGCGUAUGUGUUAGUUUAGUGUGAACAUAUUUGGACAAAAGCCAUCCCAAAACGUGAUAUAACAAAUCGCUUUUAGUCUUUGAGAUCGUACAAGGGUCCACAAAAUGGAUGCAGUUGUUUUUUUGUUUUUUUUUUAAACCGAGCUGUCAAUGUAUCACUUCCUGUGCUGUAAAAACAAAUCAAACCGCAGAGUACAAAUGUACAAUCAUUGCGUCAUAUUAUUUAUGCUAACACAGUGCGCAAGUAGCGAGUGGCAUCUGCCUUACAGUUAUGAAGUUCGGGGUUCGAAUCUCUCGCUGUGGAGUUUGCAUGUCCUCUCCCAUGUGCUUGCUUGGGGUUUCUUCGUUUUCUCCAACUUCGUCUCACAUUCCCAAAACAUGCUAAGCUUCAUCGAAGACUGAAUUGUCCAUUGGCAGUGGCGUCGCUAAGCUUAUUUUGGUGGGGGUGAAGCCCCCCUAAAAAGAUCUUAAGCCCCCCCCCCCAAAAAAAAAAAGGUUUUGUUGUAUGUAGUUGUGUUUAAUUAGUCUUAGCUCCCAAAACAGCCUCUGAAGCCACCCUAAAUGGAAUCGUAAAAAUACAAACAACAAAAAUAGAAUUAACAUAUAAUUAUUGAAAAUAUAGAAAGCAAAUAAGUCGUGGGUGGUCGACAAAACAUUUUCAGCACGAUGCAUUUUCGCUAUUUUCCCCCAUCAUGGAGCGGCCCUCGAACCCAAUAUGUGCCCCAAAUUUCCCGAUUGCGAAGGUCCACCUAAUAAAUUGGCUGCUGCAGCUCGCAGGAGGUCGACUCCACUGAUGCCGAUGACGCAGUUUUGUACAAACUGAAAAUAGUAAGCCAGAAACUAACAUCGUAACCCUAGAAACAUAACCAAAGUUAAAUAGGAUGUCCGGAACACCCACGCAAAACCAAAAAGCCAACCCAGGGACAGCGCGGGCGGAGCCGAGAGAGAGACAAUAGCCCCCUUGGAAGCGGGCCUCCGAACACUUCAAGAUGGCAAAUUGAGCUCAAUCUGAGCGUCGGCUCUAUUUUGCGUCGUGGCGUGCAACUGUCGGUUUCAGUUAUGGUCUGCUUAUUGGUACUCAUCUGGUCUGCUGUUCCCUGGGAUCUGGUUAGGCCUCUAGUUCCGUAGACCUCGACACGUUUCAAACAAACAGGGCUCUCUUUGUGCACCUCGCCGGCAGCUUGCCGCCGCCGCCGCUGUUUGUCCAAUCGGCGCUCUGCUCGCCUGGCUUGCCGAUGACGCUUUUCUGGCCUCGUAAUGGCGCCUCUGUCGCGACAAUCCUCCAACGUGACAACGCUUGACAGCGCGAAGGCGUGUCGUCUCCGUCUUGACGACGGCCGGACGGAGGGACCGCUCGCUUGGUUAAGAGCAGCGAGUGUUGGCACGCCGUCGUCGGUCGACGUGAGACAAAAGCCGUCUGAAAAGGCCGCCGCCCUCUCGCUACGCAUCGUCACGUUCGCCGUCAGCCAUGGGGAAACAGAACAGCAAGCUCCGUCCCGACGUCAUGCAGGACCUGAUGGAGAACACCGACUUCACCGAGCACGAGAUCACAGAGUGGUACAAGGGCUUCCUGCGGGACUGCCCCAGCGGCGCCCUGUCCAUGGAGGAGUUCAAGAAGAUCUACGCCAACUUCUUCCCGUACGGCGACGCCGGCAAGUUCGCCGAGCACGUCUUCCGCACGUUCGACGCCAACGGCGACAGCACCAUCGACUUCCGGGAGUUCAUCAUCGCGCUGAGCGUCACGUCCCGCGGCCGCCUGGACCAGAAGCUCAAGUGGGCCUUCAGCAUGUACGACCUGGACGGCAACGGCUACAUCAGCAAGGCGGAGAUGCUGGAGAUUGUCACGGCCAUUUAUAAGAUGGUCUCCUCGGUGAUGAAGAUGCCCGAGGACGAGUCGACGCCCGAGAAGCGCACAGAUAAGAUCUUCAGGCAGAUGGACACGAAUCGAGAUGGUAAAUUGUCCUUGGAAGAGUUUGUGGAGGGCGCCAGGAACGACCCGUCCAUCGUGCGGCUGCUGCAGUGCGACCCGAGCAGCGCCGGCCAGUAGACCGCCGGAUCGCUCGUCGUCUUCGCUCUUUUUUUUUUUUUUUUUUUUGCGUUAGUUCGUCAUUCAAAUAACAACAAAAAUACCACCAUUUGAAGGACACCUUUGAAGGACGGUAUUGCUGUAGAAAAAGUGAAUUCGAGACGUACGGAACUGCACUGAAUCCAUGUUUGCUGCUGGUCUUUUUGCUUUGGAAAGAGUCAAUGGAUGACAAGAACUGGAAGUGGAGCAUCCCGGGAAAUGUAGUUUUUCUUUUUUCAACGCGAGAAGCAUUUGAACGCACAUUUUGUUUUGGGAGGAACGUGUUACACGGUCGAGCCCCAAAGGAGUCGCACGCUGGUCGGACGUUUAGAGCUACAAGGAUGAGAUAUUAAUACAUCCUUUUUUCGUUCUUCUGAGGUUUUAUUUCUUUCUAGAAUUUGAACAAAAUGCUCAAAGAUUGUUGCGCGAAAAGGGAUGAAUUUUAUUUGAUUUAUUUAUAUUUAAAAAAAAAAAUAUAUAUAUUUUUUAAAUUGGCCUAUGAAAGACAGGCCCAUUAAUCACUUUCAAUGUGUGAUCAGAUAUCCAAAUAUUUCUUACAUCAUUUUAUUGACUUUUUAAUAAUGUUAUAAUUUAUUUUGACUCCAUUCAAAAAUAUACUUUCAACUCAAAAUCUAAUACGCUAUCAUCCAUUUUCCGUACCGCUUCUCCUCACUCGGGUCGCGGGCGUGCUGUCAAAUGCCAAUUAAUUAUUUUCAAUGUGAAAAAUAUGUAUUAUUUUCAACAAGUAUUUUUGCAUUUUUUUUACAAUAGUCCUCAUUCUGAAAUAAUGAUGAUAAUACAAAUACAAUCAAAUAGGCUACAUUUGGCCCACACCAACCAGUAUAUCUUGAUGUUCUUAGUGUGAAAAGAUUGCAUUUUGCAUCAACCUGAUGUAUAUAAGAAACACAAAAACAUUUUGUAAUUAUUUCAUAAUUCCAAAAAAUAGUUUUAGCGUCAUUUCUUUCCUAAAAAAAAAUAAUACACUCAUAAGUUGGCCAGCGGGUGACUCGUUUUGGGAUGAACUGUAUAUUUAUAUGUAUUUUUCAAUACGUAACAUAUACAUACGCAAAAACUGAAAUCGCAGUUUUAAGGAUAUGUAGUAUUCCAUUCUUUUACGAAGAAUUCAGGUUUGGGAAAAAAAAAGUGUAAAUUAUUGCAAUGUGAGGUUUUCCUUUUACUUGAGAGGACAAAAAAAACAAAAAAAAACUAUCAUAUAUUUAUGCUAGGACAGGACCACAUGUGCGUUGUCGCUAUGCAGUCACGCCACAAAAUGGCGUCACCAGAUGUGACGUUUUCCCCGUAACCAUUGCUUAUGUCACCAUUUUUUUUUGUUUUUGUUUUUUUGUCCUCUGUGUUUUUUGUUUUCCUUGUACUUCACGCUUUAAAGCUGCACCAAAUUUCAAUUUCCAGUUGUGUUGCAUUCACUGACUUUUAAGUAUUUUUUUUUUUUUCCCAUCCCUGCUGGGGGGAAGACACAAUGUUGUUGUUUGUGUGUGUGUGUGUGUGUGUGUGUGUGUGUGUGUGCGUGGGUGGGUGGGAAGGAAACAAUCACUUUAAAAGAGAACAACUGUGACAAUGACGGUGGAAAAGGCCGUUAGGUAUUUCUUUUGGUCCCGCCCCCAUAAGCAUCUUGUGGUCAAAGUGCCAAAUAUAGAUGAUUAAUUCAAAAGAAUAUAUAUACGCAGUAUUGCAUCAUUUAUACUGUACAGUUGUUACCUGUCGAACAAACGAGGAUGUCACUAUCGUAUUUGUUUUGGAGAUUUUGUAUUGUUAACUUCUGAGUAGGAGGACCAUUUUGUUGUUUAAAUAAAGACAAAAGGGCCCACUGUC